AUGCCUGAAGUUUAUGCAGCACCACAAGACUAUGCCUUUCCUCGGAACUUUAAGGGCUAUGGCGAGAAAGGUCUGGAAGGACUGAAGUGGCCGAAUGACGCGAAGAUCGCAGUAUCUUUUGUCAUCAACUAUGAAGAGGGCGGAGAGCGUUCCGUAUUACUUGGAGAUGGCAGAUCAGAGACAUCGCUCCGCGAAUAUCCUGCCGAGCCGGACAUCAACGAGCGCAGCUACAAUGCCGAAUCUGAAUUCGAAUAUGGAUCACGCCGGGGCUGGUGGCGUUUGUUCAAAUUAUUCAACGACUACAAAAUGAAGUUCACCCUCUACGCUGUCGGCUCAGCGUGCGAGGAGCAACCUGAAGUUGUGACGCGGUGUGUCGAAGAAGGACAUGAGAUUGCCUCACACGCGUACAGAUGGAUUGACCACAAGAAUUUGUCUGUGGAGGCCGAGAAACAGCACAUUCGGGAUGGCAUUACUGCUCUGAAGAAGCUAGCUGGUUAUGCACCGAAAGGAUGGUACUACGGUCGGCCUUCUCCUCAAAGCCGAGCUCUCAUCCCGCAGGUGUAUGAAGAAAUGGGCGAGGAACUCCUUUGGGCGAGUGACACCUAUGCAGACGACAUUCCAUACUGGAUCGAUCUACCCUAUGAACGAAGCAGCGAAAACCCGAAGGGAUGUCUGAUGGUCCCAUACAGCUACGACUGUAAUGAUUUCAAGUUCUUGACAGCAGCCACUGGAUUCCGCGACCCAAAUGGAUUCUAUACCCAUAUCAAGAACGCAUUCGAUGUGCUUUAUGAAGAAGGAGAAGCGGGUGCACCCAAGAUGAUGACUAUUGGUCUACAUUGCCGCAUUAUUGGGAGACCAGGACGUUUUAAGGCGCUUCAAGACUUCGUCAAAUAUAUCGCAGACAAAGAAGGUGUGUGGGUGGCAACGAGGACAGAGAUCGCUGAAUCUUUCCGGGAACAAUUCCCUUACAAGAAGGGUCAGCUAGCGUAA